AUGGGACCGCGAGCAGGAGAGAGUCGGAAGCUUUCCGGCAAAGUGGUGCACGUCAGCGCUGACGGUCGGUAUGGCUACAUUCGGGUCAAUAACCGCAGGGGGCCAGAUGUUCAUUUCUGGAUGGACGUGGUGAGGGACUCUGGUGGCUUGAGUCUGGAUUUCGGUGAUCGCGUGGAUCUUUGGAUUCAGCCGCAAGGCGAAGGCCGGACGACAGCAGGGGCCGUGCAUUUGGUCUCCCUUGCGCGCGAUACGGACCGGCGGAAGAAAGCAUUGGCGCAGAUGGAGCAAUGGAGGCAGCAGAUCUGCAUGCAAAACCCACCCGUGCAGGAUGCCAAGUUCCAGGCUCGAAGCGGCAGGGCCCUCUGGCAAGCAGUCCUCGAUCUCCUGGAGCCCACCAUGCGCAACGAGACUUGGCAAGCGGAAGCGCGGCGGGGGCCAGGGCCAAGCUCCGCCUCUCCGCCCUCUCAGAGUGCCGAGGCUGCCAGCCCAAUUACUUGCCGCCACGCUUUCUGUGCCGAGCGCCACUAUGCAGAGAAGGUCUACCUGCAAAAUCGGGCCCUGCGCAACGAUCCCGCGGAGCAGUCGUCGAUGAGUGUGGAAGAGGUCAACUACACCCACGCUGAGAUCAGCGAUCAGUUUGGGGAUGGGCGACCUUUGGAAUCCCUUCUUGCGGACCUCAGGCGAGGCAAGAUCUUGCCUUCGGAUGACAGGAUGCAGCUGGAGGCAUGCCUGCUGAAAGACAAGUACCGGUCUCUGAACAAUCGGCGUCUCCGAGUACUUAAGCUCUUCCAUUCGGAACAGAAACGGAUGGAUCCGACAUGCGAUGUUCAAGUGCAGGUCCAACUGCGCCCGCUCUGCAAGAGCACGGCCCGAUUUAUACAAGAGCUAUGCAAGUCAGACGACCGGUCGGAGCAGACCUCACCCCUGCACCCCGGCGCCAAGCAAGCCAAGCAGACUCUCUCGGACAUCGAGAACGCGAGUGUGCAAAAUCGCAAGAACGCGCUGGUGACCAAGUGGGCGCUCUCGAGCCUGGGAAAGGCGCAGGAAGUCCUUGUCUCAGCCUUGACUUACAUCGGUGCACCGACUCGGCAACGCACUGGCCUGAUCAAUACAGUCAGCAGGGACAAAAGGAGAAGGCUGGAUGACGACAUGACGAACAUGAUCAACAUCAAAAGGGAGCAAGUCAUCAAUGGAGAGGAAGUAGAAGUGGUGGAGUUUGAGGAGAAGCUGUACAUGCUGAACCAAAAGCUGUGUAAGGCUUUGCAGGACAAGCAGGACCGCCAGAGAGAGGCCAUCAAGAUCAAAAUUCGCAUCGUCCCUCUGUGUCCCUGGACAGCGAAGAUGGUCCUCGCGAACAGCAGCCGCACAGAUGGAAAGGAUGUGGAGUCAAAGGGCUCUGAGUCGGAAUGGCCCUUGUGUCGCCUUGUGUACCUUCUGCUGGACUUGGCCAACGGCUUGGCGCAAGAGCCAAACUUUGCCUCGACAUUCGACUUAAUUGCUGCGUCGGCCCUUCUUGGGCAGGGUGCCCUGAUAGCGGCACUAAAGGAGCAAGAGCAUGGAUCGCGAAUGUGGGAGGCCGCAGCCUUGCUCCUGCUCAACCUUUUCAAGCUGGCGCCAACUGGCUCAAAAGCAGCAAUGCCAGUAUGUGCUUACAUGCAGGAUGUCACGGACGAGCUAAGAGACCUCGAGGAAAGCAAUUGCCAGAGCAGGAGGUGGCUGAACUUGCUUUCCUUCAGUACGCGUGCCAUCGUUGGCCGGUCAUCUGAUGCUUACGAAGCUAACUGGGAUAUGUUGUCACUUGUACCCACCCUGCACCAAAUCCAGCGUGGCGAAGAUCAGUGGAACCGACGGCGCAAUGCGAGAGAGCUGCCCACAGUGCGGGAGCGGGGCCGCUACAACUCAGAGCAGCAUUACCUGGAUACUUAUUUCCGGCUUCUUCGCGAGGAAUGCCUGGCUGCCAUUCGCAGCACAUUGCAUCAUGUCGGCAACGGGAACAUGGAGGCAGAGCAGAUUCGCCGAGAUGGAAACAUCUUCGAUGCUUGCCUGACGGGCUUUAAUGUUUCGCGAAACCAGGGAGGUGUGCUUGACAGCCGCAUCAAGGUAGUGUUCCGCGUACGGCCCAACGGCACAUGGGAGAGAUGGCGGUCGAAGAUGGACAGGUCAUUCAAGUUCGGUAACUUGGUAGCAUGCAUUAGCGACAAUGCCGUUUCUCAGCCAAUUUGGAUGCUGGUCGCUUGCCGUGAUGUGAAGAACCGCACUGUGGCAUUGGGUUUGUACAGCGCGGGGGAGGACGAUACGACCCGACUGGCACGGAUGUGGGAUGCAGGGAAGCUGAUGCUGAUAGCAUCCACUACAUACUUCCGAUCGCUGGAGCCUGUUCUGCGGCGGCUGCAAGACGCAGAGCAAGUGGGGUUUCCCUUCAAGGAGGAGCUGGUGUAUUGUCAGACUACCCCAAGGCGACCCUCAAACGUCCAUGCUGCUGAUCCAGUUGACUGGAAGUUGUUCUUCCGCGGCCCGAGACCUGAUGUGAAGGAUGACUGCAAGUUUCUGGUGGUUGGUGGCCCGGAGCCGUCUGGACGGCCAGUCCGUUUCACGGGGACCAGCGUUGAGUCUCCCGACGGAGAGGCACUCUUCAAGGUUUUCCUGACAAAGCAUGACGGGGAAUACGGUUUCCGGCUGCAAAACUUGGCCGGUCAAAUCUUCAUCCAGCUCCCGGGAACCGAGACAGGCAUUCCGAGCCAGGGGCCGGUGUAG